UUAUCAAACAAAGAUGAACUGAAGAUAGAACUCGAAACCAAACCCUGAGGGUUUGGGUUUGGAACAGACAUGUCUCUCCACCGCCAUGUUUGCAGAACCUCAAAGCCAUCAAAGAUCCCUUGGAAGUACAAGCAGUUCGCCAUAGCACAGGGGCAGAAGUCUGUUACUGAUUAUCUCCACGCCACGCGCUGCAUUCCUUACGCCUUCGCUGAUCAAAUCUCCAAGAACUCCAACAAUGCCCUCAUGAAUCUCAUCACCAAGCUCAGUGCUUUCUCCCCUGUCCACUAUCCCCACAACCUCAAUAAGUUCCUCAGGUACAAUCCCAUCAACGAAUUCGAGUUCUUCUUUGAGAGCAUUGGCAUACACCCUUCAAAGUUCCCCUCUUUGUUUCCCCAGAACAAGUUCUUCUUUUCAGAAGAUGAGACCCUUUUGGAUACUGCUUCUGUUCUCAGCGAAUUUGGGUUUCCCUGGGACAAGCUUGGGGUGCUGUAUGAGGAGAGUGGGUGGGUCUUCAAGUGGGGUGCUUCUGAAUUGAAGGAUAGGCUUUGUGGGUUCAAAGGGUAUGGUUUUUGCAAUGUGCAGGUUGUGGGGAUAUGCUUGGCCUUCCCAUUUGUGUUUGAUGGCCAGAAGGGUGCUGAGGUUGAGGCUUUGUUUUCUGAUCUGAGGUUGCUGUUUGGGAAGUUUGGUUUGGCUGAGCGUGUUGAAGAGAAGGGGAAUAAUGGUGUGGAUGAUUGGGUUGGGUUGUGUAGGAAGAUAAGGUUGUUUUAUGAUUUGAAUGGAGGGAAGAACAUAGGGGAGUUAAUUGGAGGGAACAAUGGCAUUGGUGUAGGUGUUGUUUUUGAGCAUGGGGAAGAGGAGUUGGUUCAAGCAAUUGAGUAUUUUUGUAGGUUUGGUGCGAAGAAAGAGGAAGUGGCACGAUUGAUUGUGAAUGGACCGGAAUUGUUAGAGCUUGUUUUGAAGAUGGGAAAUUUCAAUGUGUUGAAGCUAUUGAAACACUUUGGAAUGAAUUCCAAUGAUCUUGAUAUUGUUAAGAGGGACUACGCUCAUGUGUUGGGGACAGUCAAGCCGUGUAACCUGCCAAAUGUGAUGAGAGCUUUGGGUUUACAUGAGUGGUUCUUUGAGAAGAUUAAGGAUGGGAAUCAUAGUUUGUUGGUUAGUUUUGUCGCGAACAAUGGCAAAGUGGACCGAGUUAAAGGUUAUCUAAGUUUUUUGAAGGCUAUUGAGGUGUCUAAAACUCCAAUUCACAAAAUGAGUAAGUUGAACUUCUUGCAUGGCAUUGGUUUUGGAGAAAAUGCUUUGACCAUGUAUAUUUUGUCUUACAUGCACGGAACAAGUGAUCAGUUACAAAAGAGAUUUGAUUGCCUUCUACAUCUUGGGAUUGAGUUUUCAAAGCUCUGUAAAAUGAUCACGGUUCAUCCCAAGAUUCUUAGCCAAAACCCUGAAAGUUUGGAGCAAAAGAUUAAUUUCUUGUGUCAGGAAAUGGGACAGUCACUUGAGAUUUUGGUGACUUUUCCAUCAUUCUUGUGCUUUGACUUAGAGAAUCGCAUUAAGCCCAGGUAUAGGUUCCAUAUGUGGCUUAUGGAAAAGGGUCUGUCUUCCAAAAGAUAUUCUAUUGCAAGCAUGGUUGCAACAAGCAACAGGACUUUAGUUUCCCGUGCUUUUAAAAUCCACCCUGCUGCUCCGAAACAUUGGUUUGAGCAAUUUUAUCCCUGAAAUUUGCCAAUAUGAUGACUAUAUUUUUUUAAACAAUUGUCUUUGAAACUCCAGCAAUUAUUUCAAAUGACGUUGUAAAGAUUCUUAAACUUUGUUACUUCCUGUGUUCUGGUUUGGAGUUGAAGACAGACCAUUCAAUGUUGUUGGAGAACUCGUGGCAGUGGUUUAUUUGCUUCGCAGUGGUAGUGAGAAAUCAAGAAUGACCUGCAAAUUUCUUAUCAUGGUUUCUUCAUUUCCAAUGACCUCAUCUUUGUUCUGAUUUCUGAGAUAAAUCACAAAUUCUGUGAACAGUUAUUUAUGCUUCUUCUAGGUGAUUAUAUCAGAGGUAGGUUGACCAUUUGUAAGUACUUGUAAUUAUUAGCAUGACUUUAUUGAUAUGAUAUCUUCAAAUGAACUCACUUUUUCAUUUUUCA